GAGGCAGGCACAUCCGCCGCUGGAGGGAUCAAAUCCGUACCAUCUGACGCUCAAGGAUUUAUGGGUUUAGUCAAAAUUGCUUUUCCCACUGUGGAGAUUAAGCACCGUAGGAUGUUUUCCACUCAGGCCGUAGAAUAGCCCAGUGCAGCUGCAGCUGCUCUUGCUGUUUUUUCCUCUCUCUUAUCGGCUCCCGGGCUGGAGAAGGGAAUGUCUCAGGAGGGCAGAGUGCUCCAAACCCUGGCGGGGAGUAGAAUCUGAUUGACAGGAGAGGUCCGUCCUCUGGGGAAUGUGAACCAUGCAGGUGGACGCGGUCCUUGUGCUCUUCUGCAUUUGUCUCGCAGGUGCAGCUGGAAAGAUGGUCCAGUCAAGAGGUCACAAGCUGGAACCCUACAAACAAAGCAGGUCACGAAGAGACACCACAAUGGAUGGGGAAGGCGGGGACAAAUCUGGAAGCCCAAUUUUCAAACGAAGCCCAGACCUGACAAAGUCUCCAAUGACAAAAUCGGAGCAACUCCUGAGAAUAGAGGACCACGAUUUCACCAUGAGACCAGCGUUUGGAGGUCCUCCGAUUCCUGUUGGUGUAGAUGUUCAGGUUGAAAGUCUUGACACCAUCUCUGAAGUGGAUAUGGACUUCACCAUGACACUGUACCUGCGACACUACUGGAAGGACGAGCGGCUGGCGUUUCCGAGCACCAACAACCAGAGCAUGACCUUUGACAGUCGCUUGGUGAAGAAAAUUUGGGUUCCUGACAUGUUCUUUGUCCACUCGAAGCGCUCCUUCAUCCACGACACCACCACCGACAACGUCAUGUUGAGGGUUUAUCCUGAUGGCAACGUGCUCUACAGCCUCAGAGUCACGGUCACUGCCAUGUGCAACAUGGACCUCAGCCGCUUCCCGCUGGACACCCAGACCUGCUCCCUGGAGAUAGAGAGCUAUGCCUACACGGAUGAUGACCUGAUGCUGUACUGGAAGAAAGGCAACGAGUCCUUGAACACGGAUGACAGAAUAUCUCUGUCCCAGUUUCUCAUCCAGAAAUUUCACACCACCACUAAAUUGGCUUUCUACAGCAGCACAGGUUGGUACAAUCGUUUGUACAUCCACUUCACCCUGCGGCGCCACAUCUUCUUCUUCCUGCUGCAGACUUACUUCCCUGCCACUCUCAUGGUCAUGCUGUCCUGGGUGUCCUUCUGGAUCGACCGCAGGGCUGUCCCUGCCAGGGUGCCUCUAGGCAUCACGACAGUGCUGACCAUGUCCACCAUCAUCACCGGGGUCAACGCCUCCAUGCCGCGGGUGUCCUAUAUAAAGGCGGUGGACAUUUACCUCUGGGUCAGUUUCGUCUUUGUCUUCCUGUCGGUGAUAGAGUACGCGGCGGUGAACUACCUCUCAACAGUGCAGGAGAGGAAAGAGCGGAAGCUGAGGGAGAGACUGCCGUGUACCUGCGGCAUCGGCAACCCGGAUGACAUGAUGGUCGACCCCCAGAUCACCGGCUACGGCGCCAUGGACGUCAACACAACCGGGAAUUAUGGGAUGCCCGAGAACGGCGGUCGCCAAGACCAAAUCCUGGCCCAGGUGGCGCUCAAUGACCCACAGAUUGCAAGACAGAUGAAGUCAACCAGAGGUUACGUUAACAUCUGGAUAGACACCCAUGCCAUAGACAAGUACUCCAGGGUGGCUUUCCCUGGCGCGUACCUCCUCUUUAACAUCAUCUACUGGUCCAUAUACUCAUAAGCUGGGAUGUGUUAAACAGCAUGAGGGCGGCCCGCGACUGGACGGCGGGAGCUCAGCUCAUUUAUGCUCGAGCUGCAACGAUGACUCUGUGCUGCGCAGGAUUUUCAGAGAGAAACUGCUCAUUGGAUGGAUGGAGAUCCCUCCCAGAUGGGUAACCAUUGCCUUCUCGACCCAGCCACUUAAAACUGAUGAGUUUGGAAAAUGAGCUCCUGACAACCGGGACAGCUGUUGUCACUGUUUUUCCAUUAAAUCUCCGUGUUUUCAUGUCGUCUCUGCAGCGCGGCCGGAAAUGUGUUUGGACGUUGUUGUCCCCCAAGGACUGACCCCAAUCGGAGGUGAAAAAACACAGACUGGUGACGUUUUACGCUGCGUUUCGGUUGUCCAUGCGGUGGCUGCGACCACGUGUGAAAACAGGCAUUUCACUGCCAUUCUCAGUGCAUGAGUGCAUCCUCUUUUCUGUAUGACCUCUAUGUGACAAUCAGCGACAAACUAAAAGUCUUCAAAGGAAUUUUAACACGUUGCGAUAAAGGUUAAUUUGCUUUCUUGUUGAGAGAAAAUCAAUAACACAAAUCCAGCACUAGCUACGUUGGAAAUAAGAGCUGUCAACUGGGACAGACAGCAUAAUUGGAUUUGAGAAAAAUUUACCCACCAGCCCCUCGGUAGGCGUUUUAUACCGACCUUGUACUUUUAUGAUUUGACAAGUGGCUUCAUGGUCGUUAGGUGGGAAGUGGCAAUCAGAGAAGAUCUGGGACGAUCUUUUCAGCAUCUUGGUGUUAUGACACGUAAAUGAGGCAUGAUUCAUCCUCAAUUCAGACUAACCCCGGCCCACACUCGCAUUACUCCAGUCUCAAUGGGCUUUAAACAUACUGUACACACCACAGACGGCAUUAGAAAGAUAAACAUAACCCCUGGUUUCUGGAUUACUGUGUAGAAGCCUCAGGUUUGGUGUUCAGGCUAUUACCAUCCUUGCUUCUUGUCUGUCUACCCCUCCAACAGCCACGACUCAAAAGCAAGUUUUUGUGUUAUACAGUAGUAAUUUGGACAGAUGUAAUGUAUGCACAUGUCAACUGAACUGUUUGGCAGCAGCUUACGUUUAUUAAUUUUUGAUUCAUGUCACAGAUGUUUUCUCCAAAGCAACUGGCAAGGGGGGAUGUGGAGUUCAACAUCUCCCCCGAGGACACUGACAUGUGAGGUGGGGAAGUUUGACAGGAAUCCAGCUAGUUUGGUCAAAUCCUCCACUUCAUUUUCACUGGAAGUCUGAGAAGCCGUAACACCACAUGCUCACAGAUGGUUGUGACUCGUCAAUUACAAGUCAAUUGAUCCUAGAGUGUAAUUUCCUUCAUCUUUUUUAAUAUUAAUUAGAUUUUAUCUUUUAUUUAAGUCUUACUUAGAUUAAAAAAUAUAUAUAAAAUAAGAUUUUUUUCAAAAUUGACAUUUUCUAAUAGACUCCUGAGGUUCGCCCCCUGCUGGUCAUCGGAGAGAAUCACAUUUAAAUGACUGACACCACUUGGCUAAGGCACUUGGCUGAGUUUGCUCUACAAGAAAGCAAAUAAACUUAUUUCCAAAAAUUUGGAAAUAGUCCUUUGAACAAUUAAUAUUUCAAAAUAUGUUUCUCUUAAAGUUCUAGGUUCUUUAUUUUUGCAGCAUGUUCAGUAUAAUGAAGUUUAUUUUGCAUUUUCUUGUGAGCUGUAUGUCAGUGCAGUUGUUUUGCUGACAAUCUUCUGCAUUGCUUUUAUCUGUGUGAUUGGGGGGGAAAAUGAGGAAAAAGACAAUAUUGCAACUGGUUAAAACUACAAAUGUAAAAAUAUGUGUUUAGAAAACCCCCCAAAUUUAUAAUGGUAUUUACUUUUAUAAUGUCCUUAUUUAUUCUUUUUUUUUUUUUUUUUUUUUACAUAACUGAAGCUGAUCUCCUUCAUUUGGUGUUGUAAGGCUUCAAGGUUCACUGUGACUUGUUAGUUGCUAGUUUUAUCAUCUUUUUCAUUUUGUUUAGCAAAGAGAGAGAUGAAUAUAAAAAAAUAUAUUUUGGUGUUUAAAUGACCAAACAUUCAACAACUGAUUAAACAUGUUUAAAUGUGGGAGCAAUGUUGAAUAAAUGUCAAUAUUUGUUUUUCAGGUGUGGUACAUCACAUUCAGAGGAAUGUGCAUGCCAAGUUUCCUGCAUCUAAUAUGAGGAAACAAAAGGUUUUGCGAUCCCGCUUUUUUUGCCAACUUCAAUUCAAAUCAGCUUCUUAUCAAAUGAGGUUGACAGACACAGUUUUCCUUCUAACAUUUU